AUGAGUUCAGCCCAAGACAUUGCCAGGCGGCCGGGUGCCGUGACCACCUCUGUGGACAACAACCGGAUCGUGUCGACCUCGCCCACGGCCACGUUCCACUCCCCUCCCUCCAGCUUCGGCGGCUAUGUGCCGGGCAGCUUCGGUGCGGGCGCAGGGUCACCAGCGACCACCGGCGGCGUGGUGAAGCCUCUCAAGCCGUUUAACACGACGGACAUCAAGAUUUUGCUGCUCGAGAACGUCAACGAGAGCGGACGUGACAUCCUGGUGCAGCAGGGAUACCAGGUGGAGCACCUCAAGACGUCUCUGUCCGAGGAUGAGCUGAUUGCCAAGAUCCGCGAUGUGCAUGUCAUCGGCAUCCGCUCCAAGACGCGGCUUACGGAGAAGGUGUUGCGGGAGGCCAAGCAUCUGCUCGUUGUCGGCUGCUUCUGCAUCGGCACCAACCAAGUCGACCUCGACUAUGCCGCCCGCAACGGCAUCGCCGUCUUUAACUCGCCCUUUGCCAACUCGCGCUCCGUGGCCGAGCUGAUGAUCGGCUGGAUCAUCAUCCUGGCGCGCCAGCUGAGCGACCGCUCUUCCGAAAUGCACCGCGGCACCUGGAACAAGGUGAGCAGUCGCUGCUGGGAGAUCCGCGGCAAGACCCUGGGCAUUGUCGGCUACGGCCACAUCGGCUCGCAGCUGUCCGUCUUGGCCGAGUCUAUGGGCAUGUCCGUCAUCUACUACGACAUCGUCACCCUGAUGGCCCUUGGCAAGGCCCGCCAGGUGCCCACUCUCGCCGACCUGCUUGGCGAGGCCGACUUUGUCACCCUGCACGUGCCUGCGACCGCGGAUACCCGCAACAUGAUCGGGCCCGCCCAGCUGGCCCAGAUGAAGAAGGGCGCCUACCUGCUCAACGCCAGCCGCGGCACCGUUGUCGACAUUCCCGCCCUCGUCGAGGCCCUGCGCUCUGGCAAGCUAGCCGGCGCCGGCUUAGACGUCUACCCCCAGGAGCCCGCCGCCAACGGCGACUACUUUAACGGCAAGCUGAACCCCGACUUUGGUGACCAGCUGCGCGGACUCAAGAACGUCAUCUUGACGCCGCACAUUGGCGGCAGCACGGAGGAGGCCCAGCGGGCGAUCGGUGUCGAAGUCGGCGAUGCUCUUGUGCGGUACAUCAACCAGGGCGUCACCCUCGGCAGCGUCAACCUGCCGGAGGUGAACAUGCGCUCGCUGACGCUCGACGAGCCAAACCACGCCCGGGUUAUCUACGUCCAUCGCAACGUGCCGGGUGUUUUGCGCCGUGUCAACGAAAUUCUAGGCAACCACAACGUCGACAAGCAGAUCACCGACAGCAAGGGCGAUACCGCAUACCUGAUGGCCGACAUCAGUGACGUCAAGCCCAGCGACCUAAAGGAGAUCACCGACAAUCUGGAAGCUCUCAGCUCCCGCAUCUUGACGCGGGUGCUUUAUUAG